AUGCCUGCCCUCCUGGGAAUGCAGCCCAGCAGGUCUCAGCCUCAUCUUACCCAGCCCCUACUCAAGAGGGAGGUGCCUGGUUUGAACACCACUGACAAAUGGAAGUCUGUGUUGUCCAGAGGCAAUGCAGUGGGGGCUUAAGAAGAUAGCUCUGGACUUAGACCGCUUGGCUUCAAAUCAAAGGGUGCAUGAACUAACUAGCUGGCCUAGUGAUGAUCUUGGGCAAGUGACUUCUCAGUUUCUUCAUCUGCAAACUGGGAAAUUUCGUAUCUCAGGGUUAAAAGAGAGGCAAUCUUAGGUGCUUACCUAGCACAUGCAAUACCUGAACACCUUCUAUGGCUGCCCCAAGGAGAGUUGCAACCUGUUUGUGCUGAAGGACACACUAAAGAAGAUGCAAAAGUUCUUUGGACUGCCCCAGACAGGUGAUCUUGACCAGAAUACCAUCGAGACCAUGCGGAAGCCACGCUGCGGCAACCCGGAUGUGGCCAACUACAACUUCUUCCCCCGCAAGCCCAAGUGGGACAAGAACCAGAUCACAUACAGGAUCAUUGGCUACACACCUGAUCUGGACCCAGAGACAGUGGAUGAUGCCUUUGCUCGUGCCUUCCAAGUCUGGAGUGAUGUGACCCCACUGCGGUUUUCUCGAAUCCACGAUGGAGAGGCAGACAUCAUGAUCAACUUUGGCCGCUGGGAGCAUGGCGACGGAUACCCCUUUGAUGGUAAGGACGGACUCCUGGCUCAUGCCUUUGCCCCAGGCACUGGUGUUGGGGGAGACUCCCACUUUGAUGAUGAUGAGCUGUGGACCUUGGGAGAAGGCCAAGUGGUCCGUGUGAAGUAUGGGAACGCCGAUGGGGAGUACUGCAAGUUCCCCUUCUUGUUCAAUGGCAAGGAGUACAACAGCUGUACUGACACCGGCCGCAGCGAUGGCUUCCUCUGGUGCUCUACCACCUACAACUUUGAGAAGGAUGGCAAGUACGGCUUCUGUCCCCACGAAGCCCUGUUCACCAUGGGCGGCAAUGCUGAAGGACAGCCCUGCAAGUUCCCAUUCCGCUUCCAGGGCACAUCCUAUGACAGCUGCACCACUGAGGGCCGCACAGAUGGCUACCGCUGGUGCGGCACCACUGAGGACUACGACCGCGACAAGAAGUAUGGCUUCUGCCCUGAGACCGCCAUGUCCACUGUUGGUGGGAACUCAGAAGGUGCCCCCUGUGUCUUCCCCUUCACCUUCCUGGGCAACAAGUAUGAGAGCUGCACCAGCGCUGGCCGCAGUGAUGGAAAGAUGUGGUGUGCGACCACAGCCAACUACGAUGACGACCGCAAGUGGGGCUUCUGCCCCGACCAAGGGUACAGCCUGUUCCUCGUGGCAGCCCACGAGUUUGGCCACGCCAUGGGGCUGGAGCACUCCCAGGACCCUGGGGCCCUGAUGGCGCCCAUUUACACCUACACCAAGAACUUCCGUCUGUCGCAGGACGACAUCAAGGGCAUUCAGGAGCUCUACGGGGCCUCUCCUGACAUUGACCUUGGCACCGGCCCCACCCCUACGCUGGGCCCUGUCACUCCUGAAAUCUGCAAACAAGACAUUGUCUUUGAUGGCAUCGCUCAGAUCCGUGGUGAGAUCUUCUUCUUCAAGGACCGGUUCAUUUGGCGGACUGUGACGCCACGUGACAAGCCCAUGGGACCCCUGCUGGUGGCCACAUUCUGGCCUGAGCUCCCGGAAAAGAUUGAUGCAGUAUAUGAGGCCCCACAGGAGGAGAAGGCUGUGUUCUUUGCAGGGAAUGAAUACUGGAUCUACUCAGCCAGCACCCUGGAGCGAGGGUACCCCAAGCCACUGACCAGCCUGGGACUGCCCCCUGAUGUCCAGCGAGUGGAUGCCGCCUUUAACUGGAGCAAAAACAAGAAGACAUACAUCUUUGCUGGAGACAAAUUCUGGAGAUACAAUGAGGUGAAGAAGAAAAUGGAUCCUGGCUUCCCCAAGCUCAUCGCAGAUGCCUGGAAUGCCAUCCCGGAUAACCUGGAUGCCGUCGUGGACCUGCAGGGCAGCGGUCACAGCUACUUCUUCAAGGGUGCCUAUUACCUGAAGCUGGAGAACCAAAGUCUGAAGAGUGUGAAGUUUGGAAGCAUCAAAUCUGACUGGCUAGGCUGCUGAGCUGGCCCCGGCUCCCACAGGCCCUUCCUCUCCACUGCCUUCCAUACACCGGGCCUAGAGUGCUAGAGAACUACCCAGAGGGGCCUGGCAGCUGUGCCUUCAGCUCUACAGCUAAUCAGCAUUCUUACUCCUACCUGGUAAUUUAAGAUUCCAGAGAGUGGCUCCUCCCUGUGUCCAAGAAUAGAUAGAUGCUGAUUGUACUCCUCCCAGGUGCCCCUUCCCCCUCCAAUCCCACCAACCCUCAGAGCCACCCCUAAAGAGAUACGUUGAUAUUUUCAAUGCAGCCCUGCUUUGGGCUGCCCUGGUGCUGCCACACUUCAGACUCUUCUCCCUCUACAACCUUCUGUGGCUCACAGCACCCUUGGAGCCAAUGGAGACUAUCUCCAGAGGGCACUGGUGGCCCGACAGCCUGGUAUAGGGCAGUGGGAUAGGGGCAUGGCCAGGUGGCCACCCCAGAGCCCUGGCUUUUCACUGCUGGCUGCCUUAGAACCUUUCUUACAUUAGCAGUUUGCUUUGUAUGCACUUUGUUUUUUCUUUGGGUCUUGUUUUUUUUCCACUUAGAAAUUGCAUUUCCUGACAGAAGGACUCAGGUUGUCUGAAGUCACUGCACAGUGCAUCUCAGCCCACAUAGUGAUCGUUCCCCUGUUCACUCUAUUUAGCCUGUCCCUACCGAGUCUCUUCCUCCACUGGAUGGAGGAAAACCAAGCCGUGGCUUCCUGCUGAGCCCUCCCCGCCCCUCCCUUCAACCGUUCCCCAUGGGAAAUGUCAACAAGUGUGAAUAAAGACACCUAUUGAGUGGCUGUGUUUGCCAUCUGUUUUAGCAGGGCCUAGACAAGGGCCACAGACCCAGCCAGAAGCGACAACUUAAGAAGUCCAAAUCUCUGCUCCCUGCAGGGAACAGGUGAUGGUGUCUGCUGGAAAGGUCAGAGCUUCCAAAGUAAACAGCAAGAGAACCUCAGGGAGAGUAAGCUCUAGUCCCUCUGUCCUGUAGAAAGAGCCCCCAGGAAACAGCAAUUCUGUUGCUUUAUUGUGGCAUCUGUUCAAGGUUUGUUUCCUCUUUAAGUCUCAGUUUCUUCAUUAGCAAUCAUAUCAGUUUUAAUGCUACUACUAAUAACAAUGAACAGCAACGAUAAUAUCCUCCUUCAUUAAUAGAGUGCUUUCUAUGUGCAAGGCACUUUUCUUGUAUCACUUAAUUUAACCUUUACAACCACAUAAAUAGAAAGAGGCUAUUAUUAGUUGAAUCUUAUUGAUGAAGAGA